AUGCAGAUUGUAGGCAAUGGAGAUUUUGCAAAUGUGUAUCAGGGGAAAUACCAUGGGUCGACGGUAUGUGUUAAAGUUUUCCCUGCAGGCUGGAAAACUAAAUUUUCUGCAGAGAAGGAGGUCUAUGAGCUACCACUGAUGAAGCAUGUGGAUGGGAUUGUCCACUUCCUGGGCACUGGGAGGAAACCGGAUGGCAAUUGGCUCAUUGUCCUGCAAUUUGCUGAAUGUGGUUCUCUCCACUCCUAUCUGUGUAAACACACCACCAACUGGGAGUUGUCACUGAAAUUGUGUACGUCGUUAUUGCAGGGAGCUGCAUAUCUACACUCUGACCUUCACAGACAUGGUUUGCAUAAACCACCUGUGGCCCACAGAGACUUAAGCAGCUCCAACGUGCUUGUGAGAGCAGAUGGCACUUGUGUCCUGUGUGAUUUUGGAUGCUCAACCAUCCUGCGUUCUUGUUCAGGACAUCGUCGCUGGCAGAGCCAGACAAAAAACAUGAAGGGUCACGCUCAGUUGGGCACACUGCGUUACAUGUCCCCGGAGAUCCUGGAAGGCCAUGUAAACCUGAGCAACAGCUUGUGUCUCAUGCAGGGGGACAUAUAUGCUCUGGGACUGCUGCUGUGGGAGAUCUGGAUGCGCUGCUCUGAUUUAUUCGAAGGCGGUAUUGCUCCAAAGCAUAUUUUGCCUUAUGAAUCUGAGCUGGGAGCCAAUGUAACACUGGAGAGCCUCGUCCAGCACGUGUUUCACAUGGACAAGAGACCCUCCAUACCUAAUCACUGGGAAACACUACCACAGGGAUCUGUGCUGCAGGAGCUCAUGACAGAUUGUUGGGACUGGGACCCGGAUGCUCGUCUGACUGCUCCGUGCAUAGUGGCCAGAUUAGACUCUCUCCCACUCACUUUUCAGCCUCGUUACACUUCAUGACUUUUUUCUUCUUUUUUACGCUUCGGUUGAGUUGUAAUAUACAUAAAGCAUUUGCUCUGUUCUUUGUGUCAUUACUGUCUGGCUUUUCA